CUGACUAGAGCAAGAAGAAAGUGGCCCGAAGGUGAACAUGCUCUCCUUCGUGACACUAUUGAAGGGCACGAAUCCCGCUAUCUUUACUCAGGGUUUUUGGGGGGGGGGGGGGUUUGAGAAUAGCUACUGAUAAUCAUCGAUAGGUGGGGAUGGAGCUUGCGACUAGCGUCUCAUUGCCCCUUGUAUUCUCGGACCUACAAACAAAUAUUGCAGAAAGAGGUGGCACUAUAAAGUAGCUGCCACGGUAAAUCAAGGGCCCUGGGAAGUUGCGGAGGACGAAAGGUUAUGGGCUGCUGUUUAACAACAUGGAAGCCGGUAUGUAUUUAUUCUCUGUGCCUUCACAUGUGGUCGUGAUUUCAUGAAAUAAGAAGCCAAAGCAUGAUAAAACUGACGAUGAGCAGUUGGGCGCUAGUAGCACACUGGCAAGUAAUUAACAGUAACCUCUUUUUCACGUUCAAGCUAACUUUGACUCGGUGGCGCUAGCUAUGAUUUAAACUAACGUGCGUCUUACCAAUACGGAAGGUUCUCAAAACCAGAAAUGGUGAUCAUGAGUCUAUCCAUUCAUCCUCAGUUCCCAGUUCUCCGGGCUCUUCUUCAUGUUUGCGCCCUCCCUGAUCUCACCAUUAAGGGUUUCAAAAUUUUCCCCUCUUCGAAUUCAUUUGAAUCGAGAGAGUGUGCCAAGCGUUGGUACGAUGCAUUGGACCCAAGUACCGAUCCGAUCAUAGUCCAUGGACUCCAGAUGAGGUAUGUCUAUUCGGCCCAAAUGCGGACCCCACUAAGGCUGUGGGGAAAGUUAUAUCCAAAGAUCUCUGACAUAUGUUCUGGAUGACUAGGUUGUUCGACUGUUAGAAGCUAAUGAGAAACAUGGGAGAAACUGGAAGUCAAUCGUUAAAGCUUACUUUCCUCGCCGGACGAGUCUGUCGGCGAAAAACAGGUACACUUCCGAAACCCCCGAGUGGCCUCGAGAAAAUUUCUCCUUCCUUGGGUUUUCCUUCUGUCCCUUUACGCAAAUAAGCUCCUACAGAGAGAUUUGUAUUUAAGAAAAUUUAUGUUGACUUGUACAGUAUAUAUGAUGUACAUGUAGCGUUAAGGGCCAAUAGCCCAACUAUCAAUUUCAUGAAAAAUACAGGUACUCGCUACUGAUCAGGAAGACGGAAUCCAAGAACAUGCACUCUCAAACCAGAGAGUCCAAGAAGGCAAAUCAAAAAUCCCCCCCAAAAAACCCCAAUCCCAAGUGGACAUGCUGGAAGCUAGCAAGAUACCUGUUUCCUAGUUUCGCCAGGAGGCAGCAAAUAUGGGGAUGAAGCGGAAGCAUGAACUCUCGUGAUCGUAUGCAUACGGAAACUCUCCAUCUGGGGGGGCUGGAGGCUUACUAAACGUCCUCUUCGAGCCCACUUGUAAACCCGCGAAUGCCAAUAACUGUGAUAGCGGCAGGAACACCAAUUCCAGCAACCUAAAGCAGGAUCAGCAGUCGCAACAAGCGGCUGCGUUUGAAAGUCCCUUGUUGAGCCAGAAGGGUACGUCGGGCAUCUCGAGUUAUACACCCCCGUCUUCCCACUACCUGGCACUUUCGCCUGCGCACUGUUCGGAUCUGAUCACGAAUGGUAAUGCCGGAUCAGAAGCUAGUUUCCCUGUUGCCACUGCUACGGGCAGGAAGGAUAUAUCCUUGUUUUUCAAUGAUUUGCACCUCACAACUAACUUCACUUAGUCAGGGGAUCUCAUACAGUUCGCUGCCAGGCAUCCUGAAAGAAUGGCUGCAAGGUCAAUAUCGCCAGGCCAGGGGACUAUGGGGAAGCAACAGGGGAAUAGACUUUCGAAGGAAUACAAUCCGCGUCCAUCAAAUGCAGGUCAGGUUAAGAACGAUAAUACGGGCUCCCAUGUUAUUACCGUCAUGAUCAAUAGUGAAGUCCCGGAAGCCGUCAAUAGUAUUGUCAAUCAUAUUGGUUGGGAAGAAGGCGUGAGCAUUGAGAUUCAUCUGGGU